AUGACAAAAGCCAAGCAGUUCGUCGAGUUCGGAAAAAAAAUUGUUGCAAUUGGGAAGAACUAUGAGGCCCAUGCGCGCGAAAUGGGUGCGACUUCGGCUCCGAAAGACCCCGUGCUCUUUCUUAAGCCUACUACUAGCUACGUACGCAAUGGCAGUAGUAUACUACUCCCUCCAGGAAUUGGUGAAGUGCAUCACGAAGUGGAGCUUGGUGUGGUGAUUGGCAAGCCAGGCAAAGAUGUUGCCGAGAGUGACAGCAUGGAAUACGUCGCCGGCUACGCACUGGCAAUCGACAUGACGGCGCGAGAUCUACAAGCCAAGGCAAAGAAGGAAGGGCUGCCGUGGACGCACGCAAAAGGACUUGACACGUUCACGCCGAUCAGCGACUUUGUUCCCAAGUCAGCGGUAUCGUCGCCCCACAAUCUGAAUAUUUGGUUAAAAGUAGACGAUGAAGUGCGCCAAAAUGGCAAUACGAGCGACAUGGUACACAGCAUUCCGUUUCUAAUUUCUCACGUUAGUCGAAUUAUGACGCUGGAAGAAGGUGAUUUGCUCAUUACCGGCACGCCUGAAGGCGUCGGACCAGUCCCGCUUAACAGCGUGCUUACAGCAGGUAUCACGGGACUUAUUGACAUGCGCUUCCCCGUGGAGACGCGUGUGUACAAAGCUUAG